CGACAUCGUGUGUGCUGCUGGUAGAUUACUAGCUCGUCAUUUACGGCUUCUUCCACUUCGCAGCACAUCCAGAUAAACGCUAGAGAUGUUGCUGUGUGCUCUGGGGGGCCUGCUGCUGCUCUUCUCCUGCCUGGAUGUGUGGUACUUCCUGCGGGGUGUGGUGGUGGUGGUACAGGCCUGGUUCCAACCCCCGGUCUGGGACGUCCUGGCAGAGCAGAGUGUUGCUGGGAGGGUCCUACCUCAUGACCUGGACUAUAUGGGUCACAUGAAUAACGGCAGAUACCUGCGGGAGUGUGACUUCGCCAGGUUCCACUAUUACAUGCGGAACGGGAUCUUUAAGGCCCUACGGACCCUGAAGGCCACCAUGGUGGUGGGGGCCUCCACUAUUCGCUACCGACGCUCGCUGGCCUUCGGGGAAGCAUUUGACUUGCGCACUCGCAUCGUGGCAUGGGACGACAAGUCGUUCUUCGUGGAGCAGCGGUUUGUCUCCCAGGGCGACGGGUUCAUCUCCGCGGUGAUGCUAUGCAGACAGAACGUUCUCCGUAGCAACCCUGAGAGCAUCCUACAGCUGCUCUGCAAGAGGAAGGUGGAGUGUCCCGACUCAGUCCUCUUCUCUCUGUGUGUUCAGGUGGAGUGUCCCGACUACCCUGAGGAUCUGCAGCAUUGGAUCAGCUUCAUCUCAGCCAGCAGCCAGGCCCUGAGAGCCCAGAGUGGACUAGAGGACAAGACUGGAGCACAGGAAGACAAAGACAAGUGAUUCACACAUUCCUUGAGUAGCUCUAACGUUACACAUCGUCGUAGCCCGGCCCCAAGCACACCUGAUUCAACUCAUCUGCUUAUCAUUCAGCUGUUGAUUAGUUGAAUCAGGUGAGGGCCUAGAACUGACAUGACUGACAGCACCCUCAGAAUACAGGAACUAAACUGACAUGACUGACGGCACCCUCAGAAUACAGGAACUAAACUGACAUGACUGACGGCUCCCUCAGAAUACAGGAACUAAACUGACAUGACUGACGGCACCCUCUGAAUACAGGAACUAAACUGACAUGACUGACGGCACCCUCAGAAUACAGGAACUAAACUGACAUGACUGACGGCUCCCUCAGAAUACAGGAACUAAACUGACGGCUCCCUCAGAAUACAGGAACUAAACUGACAUGACUGACGGCUCCCUCAGAAUACAGGAACUAAACUGACGGCUCCCUCAGAAUACAGGAACUAAACUGACAUGACUGACGGCUCCCUCAGAAUACAGGAACUAAACUGACAUGACUGACGGCUCCCUCAGAAUACAGGAACUAAACUGACAUGACGGACGGCUCCCUCAGAAUACAGGAACUAAACUGACAUGACUGACGGCUCCCUCAGAAUACAGGAACUAAACUGACAUGACGGACGGCUCCCUCAGAAUACAGGAACUAAACUGACAUGACUGACGGCUCCCUCAGAAUACAGGAACUAAACUGACGGCUCCCUCAGAAUACAGGAACUAAACUGACAUGACUGACGGCUCCCUCAGAAUACAGGAACUAAACUGACGGCUCCCUCAGAAUACAGGAACUAAACUGACAUGACUGACGGCUCCCUCAGAAUACAGGAACUAAACUGACAUGACUGACGGCUCCCUCAGAAUACAGGAACUAAACUGACGGCUCCCUCAGAAUACAGGAACUAAACUGACAUGACUGACGGCUCCCUCAGAAUACAGGAACUAAACUGACAUGACUGAUGGCUCCCUCAGAAUACAGGAACUAAACUGACGGCUCCCUCAGAAUACAGGAACUAAACUGACAUGACUGACGGCUCCCUCAGAAUACAGGAACUAAACUGACAUGACUGACGGCUCCCUCAGAAUACAGGAACUAAACUGACAUGACUGAUGGCUCCCUCAGAAUACAGGAACUAAACUGACAUGACUGACGGCUCCCUCAGAAUACAGGAACUAAACUGACGGCUCCCUCAGAAUACAGGAACUAAACUGACAUGACGGACGGCUCCCUCAGAAUACAGGAACUAAACUGACAUGACUGACAGCUCCCUCAGAAUACAGGAACUAAACUGACAUGACUGACAGCUCCCUCAGAAUACAGGAACUAAACUGACAUGACGGACGGCUCCCUCAGAAUACAGGAACUAAACUGACAUGACUGACAGCUCCCUCUGAAUACAGGAACUAAACUGACAUGACUGAUGGCUCCCUCAGAAUACAGGAACUAAACUGACAUGACUGACGGCCCCCUCUGAAUACAGGAACUAAACUGACAUGACUGACGGCCCCCUCUGAAUACAGGAACUAAACUGACAUGACCCUCUGAAUACAGGAACUAAACUGACAUGACUGACGGCCCCCUCUGAAUACAGGAACUAAACUGACAUGACCCUCUGAAUACAGGAACUAAACUGACAUGACUGACGGCCCCCUCAGAAUACAGGAACUAAACUGACAUGACUGAUGGCUCCCUCUGAAUACAGGAACUAAACUGACAGCACCCUCAGAAUACAGGAACUAAACUGACAGCUCCCUCAGAAUACAGGAACUAAACUGACAUGACUGACAGCUCCCUCAGAAUACAGGAACUAAACUGACAUGACUGACAGCACCCUCAGAAUACAGGAACUAAACUGACAGCUCCCUCAGAAUACAGGAACUAAACUGACAUGACUGAUGGCUCCCUCUGAAUACAGGAACUAAACUGACGGCUCCCUCAGAAUACAGGAACUAAACUGACAUGACGGACGGCCCCCUCAGAAUACAGGAACUAAACUGACAUGACGGACGGCUCCCUCAGAAUACAGGAACUAAACUGACAUGACGGACGGCUCCCUCAGAAUACAGGAACUAAACUGACAUGACUGACAGCACCCUCAGAAUACAGGAACUAAACUGACAGCUCCCUCAGAAUACAGGAACUAAACUGACAUGACUGAUGGCUCCCUCUGAAUACAGGAACUAAACUGACAUGACUGACGGCACCCUCAGAAUACAGGAACUAAACUGACAUGACUGACGGCUCCCUCAGAAUACAGGAACUAAACUGACGGCUCCCUCAGAAUACAGGAACUAAACUGACAUGACUGACGGCUCCCUCAGAAUACAGGAACUAAACUGACGGCUCCCUCAGAAUACAGGAACUAAACUGACAUGACUGACGGCUCCCUCAGAAUACAGGAACUAAACUGACAUGACUGACGGCUCCCUCAGAAUACAGGAACUAAACUGACAUGACGGACGGCUCCCUCAGAAUACAGGAACUAAACUGACAUGACUGACGGCUCCCUCAGAAUACAGGAACUAAACUGACAUGACGGACGGCUCCCUCAGAAUACAGGAACUAAACUGACAUGACUGACGGCUCCCUCAGAAUACAGGAACUAAACUGACGGCUCCCUCAGAAUACAGGAACUAAACUGACAUGACUGACGGCUCCCUCAGAAUACAGGAACUAAACUGACGGCUCCCUCAGAAUACAGGAACUAAACUGACAUGACUGACGGCUCCCUCAGAAUACAGGAACUAAACUGACAUGACUGACGGCUCCCUCAGAAUACAGGAACUAAACUGACGGCUCCCUCAGAAUACAGGAACUAAACUGACAUGACUGACGGCUCCCUCAGAAUACAGGAACUAAACUGACAUGACUGAUGGCUCCCUCAGAAUACAGGAACUAAACUGACGGCUCCCUCAGAAUACAGGAACUAAACUGACAUGACUGACGGCUCCCUCAGAAUACAGGAACUAAACUGACAUGACUGACGGCUCCCUCAGAAUACAGGAACUAAACUGACAUGACUGAUGGCUCCCUCAGAAUACAGGAACUAAACUGACAUGACUGACGGCUCCCUCAGAAUACAGGAACUAAACUGACGGCUCCCUCAGAAUACAGGAACUAAACUGACAUGACGGACGGCUCCCUCAGAAUACAGGAACUAAACUGACAUGACUGACAGCUCCCUCAGAAUACAGGAACUAAACUGACAUGACGGACGGCUCCCUCAGAAUACAGGAACUAAACUGACAUGACUGACAGCUCCCUCUGAAUACAGGAACUAAACUGACAUGACUGAUGGCUCCCUCAGAAUACAGGAACUAAACUGACAUGACUGACGGCCCCCUCUGAAUACAGGAACUAAACUGACAUGACUGACGGCCCCCUCUGAAUACAGGAACUAAACUGACAUGACCCUCUGAAUACAGGAACUAAACUGACAUGACUGACGGCCCCCUCUGAAUACAGGAACUAAACUGACAUGACCCUCUGAAUACAGGAACUAAACUGACAUGACUGACGGCCCCCUCAGAAUACAGGAACUAAACUGACAUGACUGAUGGCUCCCUCUGAAUACAGGAACUAAACUGACAGCACCCUCAGAAUACAGGAACUAAACUGACAGCUCCCUCAGAAUACAGGAACUAAACUGACAUGACUGACAGCUCCCUCAGAAUACAGGAACUAAACUGACAUGACUGACAGCACCCUCAGAAUACAGGAACUAAACUGACAGCUCCCUCAGAAUACAGGAACUAAACUGACAUGACUGAUGGCUCCCUCUGAAUACAGGAACUAAACUGACGGCUCCCUCAGAAUACAGGAACUAAACUGACAUGACGGACGGCCCCCUCAGAAUACAGGAACUAAACUGACAUGACGGACGGCUCCCUCAGAAUACAGGAACUAAACUGACAUGACGGACGGCUCCCUCAGAAUACAGGAACUAAACUGACAUGACUGACAGCACCCUCAGAAUACAGGAACUAAACUGACAGCUCCCUCAGAAUACAGGAACUAAACUGACAUGACUGAUGGCUCCCUCUGAAUACAGGAACUAAACUGACGGCUCCCUCAGAAUACAGGAACUAAACUGACAUGACGGACGGCCCCCUCAGAAUACAGGAACUAAACUGACAUGACGGACGGCCCCCUCAGAAUACAGGAACUAAACUGACAUGACGGACGGCUCCCUCAGAAUACAGGAACUAAACUGACAUGACGGACGGCUCCCUCAGAAUACAGGAACUAAACUGACAUGACGGACGGCUCCCUCAGAAUACAGGAACUAAACUGACAUGACUGACGGCUCCCUCAGAAUACAGGAACUAAACUGACAUGACGGACGGCUCCCUCAGAAUACAGGAACUAAACUGACAUGACUGAUGGCUCCCUCAGAAUACAGGAACUAAACUGACGGCUCCCUCAGAAUACAGGAACUAAACUGACAUGACUGAUGGCUCCCUCAGAAUACAGGAACUAAACUGACGGCUCCCUCAGAAUACAGGAACUAAACUGACAUGACUGACGGCUCCCUCAGAAUACAGGAACUAAACUGACAUGACUGACGGCUCCCUCAGAAUACAGGAACUUGAUUUUAAAAUACAAAACUGAUCCCAGAUCAGAACGACUACCGGCCAAGUGGCUUUAACCUUUUUACUGCAGUGGGCUAAAUCAGGGUCACACAGAGGGAUUCUGGGUAGUCUUAAACAAAUCUACUUUGAAACAAAAGUAUCCACCUCACACACGUGGUUAUGGGCCUAAAGAAAGAAGACACCUGUACCCACGUCAGAUAUGGAGUUGAAAUGUAUCAAAUGUUGAGUUUGCAUCCCAAUAUUACACUUUAUAUACGUCACAGAAGACUGAAAUAUAACAAAACCGCUUGACAUAGAAACACCGGAUUUUCUGCAUAAAAAACCCCAGAAUGUUUCUUAAUUGGGAAAAUCCCAUUCCACCCAUGAGGCCACUAGAGAGCACUUUGGUCAUUCGCCUAGAGGACCGUCUUGUUGUUAAGGGAUUCAUCCUAACCAGAGAUGCAAAACCUUUUUUUCCGCUGACAUGAAAACUCUUACCAAAAUAGUUUUAGUUAUGUGUGCAUGUAUCUCAAGAUAGUCUCUUUCAAUUAUUCAUUUCGACAUCUGUGGGAUUCACCAGAAUUUUCCUAAGUAGCUCGAAGGACCAAUCGUAAACGUCUGUCGGAGACUGACAGGUCGAGUGGCGAAUGAGGGAGCCCCUCACCCCGCCCUCUCGGAUCAUUCUCACCUCUCUUCCACACAGAGGAGUUCUACUUAGCUCUCCUCUGCACCACUUGAUCUGUUUUCCUAUUCACAGGUUUGACGGUGAGGUUACGCAGGUUAUAGGUAUUUUGUGUUGGGUGACCUCGGUGACCUGUGUUGGGUGACCUCGGUGACCUGUGUUGGGUGACCUCGGUGACCUGUGUUGGGUGACCUCGGUGACCUGUGUUGGGUGACCUCGGUGACCUGUGUUGGGUGACCUCGGUGACCUGUGUUGGGUGACCUGUGUUGGGUGACCUUGAGCAAGACACCUAACCCUAAUUGCUCCUGUAAGUCGCUCUGGAUAAGAGCUUUUGCUAAAUUACUAAAAUGCUAAAUUAAAGUUUUCACUUUUUCUUCAUUUGUCUCCUGUUGUAGCUAGCGUCACACAGCUAGCUAAGGAAACAUGGCUAGCUUAGCUGCGAGGCUCUUCUACCUGGAAGGGUAGAAUUACUAGUUCGCUCUCUAGUUUAGUUCAACCCACUACCGAUGUUGACCAGACCGACCAUCCUAGCGUCACUGCUUAUCGGUCGAGAAGCACACUUUUGUUCAUCGCAAGACCAACAUAGCGCUAGCUUCCAAUUGGCUAGCCAUGCUACUAGCCCUUGUGGCGUACACUAGCUGCGCUCACAUUGUUAAAGGAUUAGCUUCUCCGGCCAGCACUGCGCUAACUCGCUAGCCUACCACCCCAGCUGGCGAAUGGUAGUUACGUUUCACUUUGUUAAAGGAUUAGCUUCUCCGGCCAGCACUGCGCUAACUCGCUAGCCUACCACCCCAGCUGGCGAAUGGUAGUUACGUUUCACAUUGUUAAAGGAUUAGCUUCUCCGGCCAGCACUGCGCUAACUCGCUAGCCUACCACCCCAGCUGGCGAAUGGUAGUUACGUUUCACAUUGUUAAAGGAUUAGCUUCUCCGGCCAGCACUGCGCUAACUCGCUAGCCUACCACCCCAGCUGGCGAAUGGUAGUUACGUUUCACAUUGUUAAAGGAUUAGCUUCUCCGGCCAGCACUGCGCUAACUCGCUAGCCUACCACCCCAGCUGGCGAAUGGUAGUUACGUUUCACAUUGUUAAAGGAUUAGCUUCUCCGGCCAGCACUGCGCUAACUCGCUAGCCUACCACCCCAGCUGGCGAAUGGUAGUUACGUUUCACAUUGUUAAAGGAUUAGCUUCUCCGGCCAGCACUGCGCUAACUCGCUAGCCUACCACCCCAGCUGGCGAAUGGUAGUUACGUUUCACUUUGUUAAAGGAUUACCUGUUUCUUGGAUCCAUGGAGCCCGCUAGCUCGGCCCAAGGUUUACCGAUCAAGGCCUCUACCGGCGCACCUGUGCCCGUGCUGGGCUACCUUUUACUCCGCAUACAAGUAACGUGGUAGCCCCUUGGUGGCAAGACAAGCUGUGGAUAGUGGAGCUCAUUCUCCUGCUGUACAACAAGCCUUGGCAACUCCUGUUACGCAGAGAUCUGCUGACCAACAUGAACUGAGAGACUGUCCACCCUCACCCGGAAGCCAUGGCUCUCUGGCCCGUGACGGGUUAAAUAUGGACUAUUGAGUCUAUCCAGAGUGCUAGGGUUCCUUCUACACGCUCACUGUACGGAAACAAGUGGUGUUUUCUAAAAAUGGUGACCGAAAAAACAGAUCAUUCCUUACCAAUGUUCUGUAUCUGAGGUUUUACGCUUCCUGCAGGACCUUUUGGAUAGACGGAAGGCUUUCUCUACUGUUAAGGUCUAUUUAGUUGCUGUCUCUGUCUGUCAUAUAACCUUUGACGAUAACACGGUGGGAAAACACCUAUUUUAUGUCGUUUCAUGAAGGGGGCGUGUCACUUACGUCCAGUUCCCAAGCCUUUAGUCUCGUCGUGGGAUUUGUCUAUUGUGCUCGAGGUUAUUUCACAGCAGCCUUUUGAGCCGUUGCAAAGCAUGGACAUCUAAUAUCUCUCCUUUCAGACCUCUUUACUAGUCCCCUUAAGUCUGUAGAGUCAGGGAGAUACAUCCCCUGUUAGUUCACCGUUCCUGUCUGUAGAGUGCCUUGGGCUUUUCCAAGGUCACCUUGUUGCCCAACCCCACCUUUAUGCCCAAGGUUGACUGCAAUUACAAUUACAAUUGUCUGUCCUUGGAGGCUUUCCACCUGCCGAUUUUCCCUUCUAUGGAAGAGGAUGGGCUACCCCAUUUCUGUCCAGUACUCGCGUUGCGCAUAUAAAUGGAUUGGACGACAGCUUUGCGCAAGCGCAACCAACUCUUUGUCCUGGGUGCCUCCCUGCAAGGGCUCAACGGUUGUCUCAUUGGAUGGGGAAGCUCUUUAUAUUAUUGGCCUUCAAUAGCAAGGGGUUACAGCCUCCGGAGGGCCAGAGAGCUCACUACCUCUUGGGCACUGUUGAAGGGCGUCUCCUUACAGGAGAUCUGCCAUGUGGCUUGUUGGGCAUCCCCUCAUAUAUUAAUGAGGUUCUACCAACCAGAUGUCACUGUGCUUUCAUUGGCACGUACUGUCCUCUGUGGUGGGGCAUCUGAGGGGUUAUAUUGGAGGCUGCCUAGCUUCAGGGAGCAUCUGAGGGAUUAUAUUGGAGACUGCCUGGCUUCAGGGAGCAUCUGAGGGAUUAUAUUGGAGACUGCCUGGCUUCAGGGAGCAUCUGAGGGAUUAUAUUGGAGACUGCCUGGCUUCAGAAAGCAUCUGAGGGGUUAUAUUGGAGACUGUCUGGCUUCAGGGAGCAUCUGAGGGAUUAUAUUGGAGACUGCCUGGCUUCAGGGAGCAUCUGAGGGAUUAUAUUGGAGACUGCCUGGCUUUAGAAAGCAUCUGAGGGAUUAUAUUGGAGACUGCCUAGCUUCAGGGAGCAUCUGAGGGAUUAUAUUGGAGACUGCCUAGCUUCAGGGAGCAUCUGAGGGAUUAUAUUGGAGACUGCCUAGCUUCAGGGAGCAUCUGAGGGAUUAUAUUGGAGACUGUCUGGCUUCAGGGAGCAUCUGAGGGAUUAUAUUGGAGACUGUCUGGCAUCUGAGGGAUUAUAUUGAAGACUGCCUAGCUUCAGGGAGCAUCUGAGGGAUUAUAUUGGAGACUGCCUAGCUUCAGGGAGCAUCUGAGGGAUUAUAUUGGAGACUGCCUAGCUUCAGGGAGCAUCUGAGGGAUUAUAUUGGAGACUGUCUGGCUUCAGGGAGCAUCUGAGGGAUUAUAUUGGAGACUGUCUGGCAUCUGAGGGAUUAUAUUGAAGACUGCCUAGCUUCAGGGAGCAUCUGAGGGAUUAUAUUGGAGACUGCCUAGCUUCAGGGAGCAUCUGAGGGAUUAUAUUGGAGACUGCCUAGCUUCAGGGAGCAUCUGAGGGAUUAUAUUGGAGACUGUCUGGCUUCAGGGAGCAUCUGAGGGAUUAUAUUGGAGACUGUCUGGCAUUUGAGGGAUUAUAUUGAAGACUGCCUAGCUUCAGGGAGCAUCUGAGGGAUUAUAUUGAAGACUGUCUCUGACAUGUGUAGGACUGGUUCCCCCGAGCUAUUUAGGAGAUUCUGGUGAAUCCCGCGGUGAGACGUCUCACUCGUAAUAUCAGAGAACCGGGGUUACGCAGGGGUUCACAGGGGUACCGGGGUUACACAGGGGUUACACAGGUAACCUUGCGUUAGGGAACUCUAUCUUGUGUGUACUGCGUCUAUAUAAUGCACCAAAAGCUUCUCCAUUCUGUGUUUUUAUUACAAUCAAUGUUUCUAUAAUUUAUUGAUGAUGAUGUUCAUUGUCUAUUUAUUUUUUUACAUUUUAUUUAUGUUGCUGUCUGUAGAUUUUAAAUAUUGAAUUGGAUGCAGAGUAUAUCAUGAUUUGGAAAUGAAUGUCAAUUAUUUUGAAUGCAUUUUAAAUAAAAGAUAUAUGUAACCCCAUGA